UCGAAACGAGGUAAACAAAAUGCACCACAACCACUUGGAUUUUCCGGCUUUUCCGCUUUCCCUGCUGGACGACAGCGAUCUGGAGCCGCAGAGAUGCUAUGUUCCGGCGGCAGAGGAUCCUCUGGGGACGGGAUGGUGUCGCUGCCACCUUUCCGAUGGCAGCUACGCAGUUUGUUGGGUUACUCCGCGUGCCGGUAGUGAAACUUGUUGCUUCUUGGACGGAAUGGUCACCUCCUCCUCGCAAUUCUCACCCACCAAUCAGCAUUUGGUGCUCCUAGAGCCACUGAAACUGGUUUCCUGCCCAGCUAAGAUUCCCUGCAUUGUCACAGUCACCCAGGAACUGCUCCAAUGCGCUCAGGUUUCUCUGGAGGAUCUGAAGGACGAUGUGAGGGUGUUCCUGCGCCACCUGAAGCUAACCAAGGGGUGCUCCGUGCAGCACAGACGCCUGGCCCAACUGGGCAUCGCCAGUGUGGAGGUGAUCGAUGCUCCAGGAGUUGCCGCUGACGAGUGUUUUGAAUUCUGCCGAGAUGCUGAGCUCCUCCUGGUGGACACCCGACUGGGAAUGCCCUAUCCUUUGGCGUCCACCUCUAAGUACCUGCCUCACAGCUUCGAGCAGCCCAUGGAGGACUUGGAGCAGCUGUUGGAAACCUCUAAAAGCGGUUUCUCGCAUAGAUUUCCUACUACAUCAUUGAUUGUUGGACCUGUGGGCUGUGGAAAGAGUCGCCUCCUUGGGGAGUUUCUGCGGCGCCUCAGCUGCAACUGUUUCUACAUCACAGCCAGCCAGGUGCUGCGUUCCUAUCCAGGAGAAACGGAAGAGGAGUUGAGAAGGAUCUUCCAGGCGGCUGAGACUUUCAAGGAGCAGCUGCAACCUUUGUUGCCCAUUGUGAUACUCAUCGAGGAUCUGGAGUUGCUUUGCCCCUCUUCGAGUGUCGCAGAUGCCAAAAACUCCAGCAAUUCCCUGCGCAUCUCAGCGCAGCUCUACAAACUGAUUGAUGCACUGCCUCAGGGCGUUAUUUGUAUAGCCACUUCGGGAUCCCCGGACUCCCUGCAUGAACACGCUCGCAGGCGAUUUGUAAGAGAGGUUUCUAUACAAAUGCCCUCGGAGGAGCAACGCAAACGACUCGUGGAGGAUCUGUGCGAGGCUCAUGAGCUGCAACUCACGGAAACUUUACUUGAUCACAUAGCCAGAAACACGCAGGGUUUUGUGAUGGCGGAUUUAACACUCCUCAUGCGUCGCGUGCAACAGGAAUUGCUUACAAAAGAUGACGGCAAUGUGGAGCAAAUCUUCCGCCAAUCGCUGCUCCAAACUCAACCGAGUGCCUCGCGAUCCACGGAUGUGAGGGUUUCAAAAAUGACUACUGGUUUCGAGGUUAUCGGCGGAAUGGAAUCCCUCAAACGCACUUUGCAAGUCACCGUUUUAGCUGGUCUGCGGCAGAGUGCCGCCUUUGCCCGAUUCGGCUUGAGUCUGCCCAAGGGAGUGCUGCUCUAUGGACCGCCAGGAUGUGCCAAGACCACCGUGGCCAAGUGCCUGGCCAAAGAGGCGAACAUGACCUUCAUUGCCACCUCGGCGGCGGAGGUUUACUCGCCCUACGUCGGUUGCGCCGAGAAGUUCAUUUCGCGGAUCUUCGAUACAGCAAGGAAAAAUGCUCCAUGUCUUAUAUUUCUAGAUGAGAUAGAUUCCCUUGUUGGCAGAAGAACUGUUUCAAGUGGCGGCGGUGGUGGUCAAGUUCAGCUGAGGAUUCUCUCCACGCUGCUCACCGAAAUGGAUGGCAUUGUGGGCGGUGGCAGCCAGCAGCAUAUUCUCGUGGUGGCGGCCACCAAUCGUCCGGAAAUGAUUGAUGACGCCUUGAUGAGACCUGGGCGCUUCGACAAGCUCAUCCAUGUUCCAGCACCGGAUGAGGAUUCUCGUCUAGCGCUGCUGAAACUCCAUGCCCAACGAAUGCCUUUUCAUGAGAAUGUGGUUCUGGAGGAGAUUGCCUCUCUCACCGAUCGCUAUUCUGGGGCCGAUCUCUGUAAUCUCUGCAACGAGGCGGCCAUCGAGGCUUUUCAGCGUGACUUUGAGGCCACUGAAAUCGAGCUUCAGGACUUUGUAAAGGUCCUAGCCAAGCAGAAAUCCUCGCUAACCCAAAGCCAAAUAGAUGGGUACUAUAAGUUUGCUUAUAGGUUUCUGUAAA